AUGGCUCUCGCAAUGCUAUCAAAUGCAGCCGCUAAAGGCGGUCUCGCGCGGAUGAACUCACUCCCACAAGCGCCUCACCUCUACAUCGGCGGAAUUAGAGCACUGGACGACCCGGACGCAUUAGAUGCAGCUAACAUCACUCACAUCCUGUCCGUGCUCGAGUACGACGCGUGCGACUGGCCAGAGUUCUCGAAGUACCGCCGCCAGCUUAUCAAGAUCGAAGACUACGCAUCCCAAAAUAUAGUCCAACAUUUCUCAUCCAGCAACAGCUUUCUCGACGCCGUGCAGGCAGAGGGAGGUAUUGUACUGAUCCACUGCUACAUGGGCAUUUCCAGGCGCGAAGAGGACGAUGAUGAAGAUGACGAGUCGGAUGACAAUUCGGACGACGAGUCGGACGGCGUGAAGGAAACGACAUCGUAG